AUGGACGGCAAAAACAACGACGGCGGUGCCGAAACGCAGGUAAACACUAAUCAAAUUAUUCCGAUGACAAAUGACGAGAAAAAAUGUGCCGUGGUUCCUUAAUCCUCGCGAUCACUCGGGUGAAACCGUUGUUUUGUUUUUUUUUUUUUCCCCCCUCGUGAAAAGUUUCGUAUAUUACCGUGCGCACCGACAGUACCUCGCGCGAACCUCGUCCACCGGCGGCCAACAACGACAGCGAAAAACGGUAAAUAAAUAAAUAAUGGAUAAAUAUACGCUCGAUAGCAGCCAGGUAACCCGGUUCGUGAAUCCGAUUUGUGCACGCGGUACCGCACGCAGCGGCGGUGCUCCGAUGACACUACGCCCCCAAACUUUAACACGUACAAAAUACGUUUUGUCGAAAACGAUUUCGGCGCCGGAGCCGCGGUAAAACGGCGUCACGCGGAUCACGCACGACCUGACUGGCUGGCAUUACAAAGAAUUUAUCGCCAACACAACCGUUUCGAGUUAUCGAAAUCGCGUUCAAAAAACCCACGGCGACAGCGACACGAAAGCGUUCGCCAGCGCGGCCGAAGACAUGAGCUAAUUUUACCGGUUUCCGGAUGAGACAAAAAUAUCCUCCCCUCCCCCUCGCCACAUUGCCCGUCCGAUCGGACCACUGUAUCUUGUUGCACCGCAAGUGCAGUACGCGUGGUUCGCCGGUGGGUUUUUUGAAAUGUCCGGGCCGGGUAACAUUGGUAACGUUGUAGAUCAAUGGCCCAGACGUAUUUUAUACACGCGCGAUCAAUAACAGCUGGAGUCUGGUUGGGAUAAUCAUUUCGAAUAAGAACAAUUCGCAAUAAAAAUCAAGAUCAACAAUAAAACGUGUUCAGAAAUAAUACAUUUAAACAUUUACACCGGACAGUUUUCGAUGGUAAAAAUAAUAUUUUUCCAUUUAAGAAAACGGAUAUUUUUUUUUUUUUAUUUCUUUAACCGGACCGGCAUAAUAUAAACCUACGUAAUACCUAUUGUGUUUGCGGCAAUAUUCAGAGGACUUUAUAACCACAUCUAAUGUCUCAGUCCGGCUACCGCGUAACGGACAAAAGCAACGCUUACGCGAAACUGGAUUGAUUUUGAUUUUAGAGUAAAAGUACCCAUUAUGAAAUUUACGGAGAACGAUAUUUCGGAGGGAACGCCAUCGGCAUUUUUUUUUUUUUUUCUAAUUAUGAACCAUUAAAAAUGUCGCAGUUAUUUAAAAAAGCAAAAAACCGUAAGGUUCUUUUGUAUUUUUUUUUUCUACAUCGAGCUGUGUAUUUCGAAUAAUACGCAAACUCCGACACAUCGUUCUCUGUACAUUUCAUAGUGGAAGCGCUUUUACUUUAAAAUCGAACCCGAGCUAGUCUCACUUAAUUUGCAUAAGCAAUGUUUGUAUGCGUGUUACCCGGUAGUGGGACUGAGACAGUAGACGCGGGUAUACCGCGUCCUCUCCGUAAGUAAACUGUUAUGUUAUUACGGUUAUAUCAAAACAAAGGAAUAUAAUAAUAAGUUAUAAAUGUUACGAUUACACGGCUGUUAACGUUUUCCUGCGGUUAACGGAUCAAACAUCUAUCGACAAUUAAUCGUCAUUUGUUAACUGACUAUGUAACCUGGUUAAGAAUCAACGCUGUCGUAAUACGCCCGGCGCGCCGUGAUGCAUGUUGGAAUUUUGUUAUACAUUUUAAAUGCGUAUAAAUUCUCAUAUUUUUUAAACGUUUUUUUUUUUUUUUUUUUUUUUUUUUUUUUUUUUUUUAUCAUUUUUCAUUCUGGACAUUUGCAUCAUACUCGACACUUUUUCAGCGCGUACAAUUUCCCAAUCUCUGCGUGUUUAUAGGAACGGAACCCGUACAGCAAAUAAUAAUUAUCAAUUGACAAUGUAACGUACCUGUACGUGUACUAUAUUAUCGUAGUGCGGCGGCAUCAAUUUUCCGAGGUGUGUGUUUUCGCCACAGCCCAGCUACGUUUGAAUUUUUCAAACGGUUUUUGUUUUUCUGUGAUUUUGAGUACAAAAAAGGAAGCAACAAAUUUAGGAUUACACGAUAAGAAAAAAAAAAGAAAAUCUUUGUAUUUUAUACAUUUUGUCCGUACCUGAGCGAAUCUUGCAAAAUUGUCUUAAUUUUGUGGGUUUCAAGGUUAAAAUUAACUAUCCUCCGCACGGCUACGACCCGGUGCUUCACAAGCUUAUUCGCAUGUCUUCAGCCGAUCGUUGAAUUGCCCGACAGAUUUGACAUGGUAUAUUAGAUAUGUUGAAAUAAAAGAGUUGACCAAAAAUGUUUCCCGAUUGACUACACUUUUUAAGUUAAAACUUCCAACACGAAUCCGCUGUUCAUAUUGUAAAUAUGAGAGGAAACAUUACGUACCUAUAUGUCUUGUCAUUUGCAAUGGCUAGUUUUGAUUCGAUAAUCCAAUUGAUUUUAAAUUCGAAUAUGAUGAACGUAAUUGAAUUACACUACUCUACAAACUAUGAUAUCAUAACAAUUACGAAUAUGUGUAUACUGCAUGCCGAGUAUUUACUCUUUAAUCGUAUUUUUCAUAUUGUUAAAAAUUAAAAGUUGAUUUAUUUUAUUACAAUUUUAUUCAGUCGUUUAAUAUUAAACGACAAUUAUUUUGUUCUCGUCUAUUUUAAUUGUUUGAGUGUGAUAACGUAAACCGCUUUUUUUUUUUUUUUUUUGAUAAUUAGUGACAAAUUUGUAUUUUAUUUUUUCCUUCAAAAUGCGUGUUAGUUUUUUGGAGAUCUUGUACCGCACCGGUAAUAUUUUGAUUUUUUGUAUUUCCGUCAGUUAUCUUUAUACCGUAGGUAGGUGUAUUAUUAUUUAUUAUCGAAAACACAAAUUAUUAGUUGUUUGGACUUUGUAUCAGCUCCGUAAUCGUGGUCGCAAUGAGCCAAUGAACGCUACACUCGUUAUACACGCGUGCUAGUGACUACUAGCUUUUCCGUCCCAAUCAAUCACCAACAUGAUUGCCUAUAAUUCGCCCACCUUACUUCCACCUUUAAUUCGGUUACCUGCAAUCACAACAUUAAAUUAAUAGGUAAUCUAUCUAUCCACUCAAGUUUACUACAUCACGAGAACGGAUACUCCUACCACUCCGCUUGAGGGUGAUUUUAAAAGAGUCUAAGAAUCAAGGAUAACCACUCAAAGGAUCUCAGUGGGCAUCCUUAAUAUCCAUUCCUCCUCUUUCGUCUAAAGAAUUUCUCCUGACUUUAGUCGAAAAUCGCAGAAACGUACUUUGGCUUUCUGCAAAUCGAUCAGUCAUUCACUAAACAUCAAAUGUACAGAGCUUACAACAAGAGUGGAUCUACUUGCAUGAGUGAGUUAAGUUCCGAAAAUACUACUCUCCGGGUCGCUCUUGCUUCUAUUAAUAACAGAGUCCUCGCUCUUGAUACUGCUGGGAGAAAAAUGGCCACUCCUCCAGCUGUCAGUCAUAUUUCCCAACUACUUCUGGAGCGUUCUGAACGCCAACAGUGUUUGUGCAAUAUUGUUGUUGUUCACGGCCUACACGAGUCUUCUAAACUAUUACUUGCUACUAGAGUUAUCGAUGAUUUUAAACGCUUAUAAGUAAGUCUAUUCAGCCUUUGUCUUAACCGCCAAUCCUAAACUAUUUAAGCCUGAUCGGACCAAUGAUGUAAAGCCAAGGCCUCUGAAAGCGGCUUUCCCGUCCAAAGAACAAGCUCUCCGCUUAGUUAGGGAUUUUAAUACUAAAAAACGCUCUUUAGAUCUGGAAAUCCUCAUUUUGGAAAGUCUUGAGGCCGGAUCUGAAGUCGAUAAUGUCUAUAUUGAUUUUUCGAAAGCUUCCCACUUCCCUCUUGAAUUUCAUUAUAUUUUACCGCUAGAAGGCAAAUUGUCUUUAUUAAUGGUGUUUCAUUUGGAUCCGAAGCCGUUUUUUAAGAGUUCUAGGAUUUAUCAAGUGGAACACCGCGGACUUUUCCUCUCACAAUUGCCUUUCAGCACUAUACUCAUCCCUCAUCCGACUCAUUAUUGA